AUGGCGACAGCGCCACCCACUUUUUCCGAACCCGCAGAAGCGGUUUACGACUUUACAAACCUUUACGAUAUUUCUCACAGUUCGUUAAUUUUCGCUCAAUUUCCUAUCUCUGGCGUCGAUAUCGGGCAGUGGUACCCUAUUCUACCGCAAUCGUCUUCCCCGCUUUCUCAUGAUGAAAGAAUCUUACAAAAACAACGUCGCAACUAUCGGAAAAAUAAGAAAAAAUGGGAAAGAUAUCGUGUCAACACAUUCCUCAAACAAGAAGCUGAAUAUCAGCGUCGCGUCCAACAAGAAAAAUACGACCGUGGCUAUGCACGGGCCGUGGCUGCUAAUCUGAAACGACAAGCACACCUCCCAGAACCCAUGAUUAUUGACGAUCUGACAACGACGUUACCUGACCGAUUUUAUCAAUGGUCCGAAGAUACAGAUGCAUACUUGAACGAACCUGACUUUCUAUUGCGAAAGAAGAAAAAACGAUUGAAUUUACCUUCACCUUCAUCAACCGAUAACGAGGACGCACCCUCGGAAUUUUCCAACCAAAUUUCAAUGGAACAGGACGUCCCAUCAUAA